AUGGGUGAUCAUUUUGAUGAAAGUGAUCAUGAUUUGGGUCAAGAAGAACCCAUGCUCCCCGAUUCAUCCGGGCAGCGAUACCAACACAAAAGAGAUGCCAUGAAAAUUUUAGAAGCUAAUCACUUCGUAUGCAUUGAAAAGCUUGGGUCUGGCGCUUUUGGUGACGUAUACAAAAUGAUGGACUUCUCUGGCCAAGAAGUUGCCGUCAAAGUUGUAUCUCUUGAGGUCACUAAAAAAAGUGAAAUUGAAAUUUGGCCAAAAAUGCGCCACCCAAAUAUAAUCCCCCUCCUGCGAUAUAUUAGCUUCAGUAACCCUGAUGUAGGAGUUUUUGUAAUGCCCGUACACAGGGGCACUCUGAAGGAUGCAGUCCAAAACGAGCACUUUUUGAGUCAAUCAAGUGCCCUAGACUGCCUCAAAUCAUGGCUUUAUGAUACUCUUUGUGGUUUGGCUUACUUGCACUCCAAUGAGGCGUGUCACUUGGAUUUGAAAUCCGAUAACAUCUUGAUUUCGCAAGAUUACAGAGCUGUCAUAUGUGACUUCUCUUGUCUUGCAUCUGCGACAAAGGCAAUACCAAGACCUCCAGAAGCUUGCCUGUCACUCGGGGGUGUGACAGAGGUCGAUGGCAAGGCUUUUGAUAUGUGGGCGUAUGGAGUGAUGGUCCUGGAGCUGUUCACCAGCAAAGCUCUGAGCAAUGCAAUCACCUGCGCUGGAAAUUGGAACAGGGAUAUUUAUCCUGCCAUGUUCCACAUACUGCAGGGUGAUGUUUUCAAAUGCUCCAUGAGUGGAGCGUUUUCUGCGACGGGCAUUGCAGACGGACAAGUUAGGCUUGCUUUGAAUUUCAUUCACACUUUUUUAAUGCCCGAUCGAAGAAAAAGAUGGAGUGCCGGAAAGGCAAUCGACCACUGUUUUUUUAAAAGUGGUGGUCAGAUAGGAACAGGGCCAGAUGCAAAAUGGCUGCAUUUUUGUGGAGAGGAGAGCCAAGAAAUCAGCAUGCCCAGAAAUCAGAGUGUUAAACGUGUUGCCGAUGUCAGUGUUAAGCCACUGAAUGCAAAAAAACCUAACACUGAAGCAAACACGUGA